AAUAAUCAUGGCUGACUGGGAAGAAAUAAAGCGACUGGCGGCUGAUUUUCAACGCGCUCAGCUAAGUAGCACAGCUCACAAACUCUCAGAAAGAAACUGCAUCGAAAUAGUACAGAAACUGAUCGGUUUGGGGCUGGUUGAGGUUAUUUACACGACAGAUGGCAAGGAAUAUCUCACCCCACAACAACUUGAACGUGAGAUAAAAGACGAAUUAUUUGUUCACGGCGGGAGAGUUAAUUUGGUGGACUUACAGCAGAUUAUUGGAGUAGAUCUGACCCAUGUUGAGAAUAAGGUUGCCGAAAUUGUCAAACAUGACAAAAAUUUGAUUGUCAUCCAAGGAGAACUUAUUGACAAUAACUACUUAGACCAAGUUGCAGAAGAGAUCAACGACACUUUACAAGAGUCUGGACAAGUUGUUAUCUCAGAGUUAAGCAAGACAUUUACACUCUCCACUGACUUCCUACUUGAGAUUGUUGAGAACAGAUUAGGGACAAUCAUUCAUGGACAACUUGAUCAAUUGGAAAGAGGUGUCCUGUUUACUGAUGCAUUUGUAGCACGGCAGAUGGCCUGCAUCAGAGGAGUGUUUAGUGCUGUCACAAAGCCCACACCUAUAUCAAGUCUUAUGGCUCAGUAUGGAUUUCAAGAAAAGCUACUUUAUAUGGAUAUAGACCAGUUGUGCUCUGAUGGUCGUAUAUCAGGAAGUAUACAAGGGAGACAAGACAAGGCUGUAUUUGUUCCAGAUAUCUACUCCAAGACACAGACUUCUUGGAUAGACGACUUCUUCAAUCAGAAUGGAUAUGUAGAGUAUGAUGCAUUGUCACGUCUUGGGAUUACUGAUGGAAGACAAUUUCUAAAGAGAAGAUUCCAUAAGUUACCAGUGAAAUUUCUGCCCACAUGUUGUGUGGGUGAAUCUUUACAAGGCCAGGUGGAGGCUGCUAUUGAUGAAGCUUUGUCUAGUGGUGAAUGGAUUGACAUACUGCCUCUCCUUCCAUCGCCAUUCACUCCAGGGGAUGCUUCUCAGCUGUUACAGGAUUGUCUUAAGGCUGUUGGUAGAUCGUCAGCUCAUGUGUUCUGUGAGAGCAUUGUGGUCAGUGAAAAGUUCCUUCAAGAUUGUAAAGAUCCCUUCCAACAACUGAUGCAAGACAAAGCCAAAGCGGAUGCAAUUAAAGCUCCUGCAUUGUUCUCAGAGCUUACCAGAAAAGACUUGGCUUCUAUGGGUGCCUCCAAAGGAGGUACUGACAGACGGGACAACAAGAAAGAGGAGAGGCGGAAGAAGGCAGCCUCAGGAGGUAGUAAAGGAGGAGGAGGAGGAGGCGGAGGAGGAGGGGGUGGUGGUAGUGGAGGUGGUGGUGGAGGCAGAGGAGGAAGAGAAAGUAAAACUCAAAAGGUACGUGAUAAGAAAAAGGACCGAGCUAGAGAUGAAGAUGUGGAGGAAGACAUCAGACCUAAACAAAGCUCAUCUGAUAUACCCUUCAUGACAGCUGAAGAGAUAUCAGAAGAAUUACAGAAAAGAUUUCCAAGUUGUCCAGAGGAACUCUUUGAAGAAUUAGCUUCUUACCUGUUUAGACCGCUGACCCAAUGUUACCAAGAGGUGGCUCGGUCGGUCUUCCUUUCCACAGGAGACAAAAAACGUAAAAGUCAUUCAGAGGUGCAGGAAAAAGUCAGUGUGCUGUGGGCAAAUGCAAAACUGUUUGACAAAGGAAUCAAAUUAUUUUCUGAUGAUGUACAAGUGCAGUUGUCCCGCCAUCUUCUGCGAACGGUAUGUACAGAUAUAGUAAACCAGGCAGUGGGUCUGUUAGCUGCUGACCACAUGAUCACAAUCAAUGACGAAUCAACUCUAACUCCCGAGGAUCGUCUGAAAGUAAUUUCUAAAUUUCCUGACAAAGUAAAAGCUGAGGUAGCCAAGUUGAAUUCUUCAUUAAAUGGAAAGGAAACAGAAGAUUUCUUUAACCAGUUUGAUGUAAUUUGUGGGAGUGGCUACUGCGAGUUUAUGUUGAAGAAGUUGGAUAAGAAAAGAGAAAGGCAAGUCUUGGGUAUCACUUGUGAGGGCCUUAACCCUUAG